GAAGAAGGGACUUCCGUGUUUUGGUUGGUUGUCCUGACAGCGGUUAGCUUCAGUUAGCUUCAGUUAGCUUCAGUUAGCUCCAGAUAAACAUGUCGGCCACUGAAGACGACACCGAGCUGCGGGACCUGCUGAUCCAGAACCUGGAGAACAACGGAGUCCUCAACAAGCUCAAGGCAGAGAUGAGGGCUGCAGUCUUCUUGGCGAUGGAGGAGCAGGACCGACUGGAGAAUAAAAGUCCUCUGGUCAAUGAAAACCUGAAGAAAUGUCUCAACACGAAAGACGGGCGUCUGGUGGCCAGUUUGAUCAUGGACUUCCUGCAGGUCUUUAAUCUGGACUUCACCCUUGCCGUGUUCCAGCCAGAGAUCAACUCGCUGAACGGUCUGGACAGUCGGGACCUGGUCUGCAGAGACCUGGGUCUGUCAGAGUCCGAGGUGAACAGGAACUCUCCUCUGCUGCUGGAGCUGGUCCGGAGAGGACGACACAAAGCCACCGAGGCUGCCGAGGACUCUGCUGUUCCUGAGGAGAAGAUGAGCUCUCCACCCGUCAGUAAGAUCCCCAGAUAUAAAGGCCACAGUCUCAGAGGACAGAGUCAGACAGCAGCCAAGGAGUCGGAGCGCGCGUCGUCUCUGGGGAAAGGAGACUUCCAGCAGCCGGUCUCCAGAGCCGACGGGGCGUCCGACAACAGGACCUCCUCGUCCGGUCUGAAGAAGGAUCGUUUGGACCUGGACCUGGAGGACGACCCCGACGAGGGAGAUUCUUUCUUUGACGACCCGCUGCCCAAACCGCAGAAGACCUACGGCUGUUCUUCAGAAAGGAGCAACAGUCAGGAGGAGGGUCUCUCUGGGCCGGUCGUCCCCCCCAUGAGACGAGGCAAAAGCCUCAGCGAUUUGUCUGUCCUGUCUGCUGACUCAGAGGGUGAGCGAGAUGAUCCUCUCUCUGAACGCAGUCAGACCUCUGAGCUCAGGAAGGUGGAGACAUCCAGGCCCAGAGAAAGUCCAGCAGGGUCCCUGUCCGAGGCCCAGAGACCAGGAGGAGGAGGAGGAGGAGGAGGAGGAGGAGGAGGAGGAGGAAGCAGUGUGUCAGAGCAGAGCCACAGCAGGAACGGUGUGUCGAACUCCAGAGAACGAGGCUUCAGAGACUCAAAGGCCCCGAACGAUAAAACCGGAUCUCUGCAUUUAGAUGACGAUGUUGAAUAUGACGAUGACUUUAACAGCCAUCGGUCCGACCUCUCCAAGAGUGAGCUCAGCAUCGGCGAGGAGAUUGAGGAAGUUUCCAUCGAGGGACCUGACAACAGCGACAAGUUGGAUGAGACCACCCAGGACCUGAGUGUGUCUCAGCUCAGUCAGAGUCACGGAGUCGAUUACAUGGAGGAAGUGGCCUGACCCUCCCAUCACCCAACACCCUCUGCUCUCCCAUCGUGCACCUCUUUGUAUCGUCAAUAUUUAAGUCUGUACAGUUUCAAUGAGCGAAUAAAUAAAUGGAUUUGUAUCGAGA